GGAGGAUGAGAGCGCACCGGCCCGCCGGCCAAAUUCAGCCUCGACCAAGGCAAUAAGUAGACGAGCGCGAAUUAGGCGCCGCCAGACUAGCAUGUGCUUGCAAGCUUGGGGAGAGGAUCGCGUAGCGUUCAUGCUUGGUGAGCGGCACGUCCCUUUAUGCCAGCCCCCUCUGUAAGUAUUGCCUCGUCUUGUCCCAUCUGGAGUUUCUCCCCCGCACUGUCGUGAUACACACCGCUGGUUGUAGGACUUUGUAAUGGGAAUUUGGACCCAGUUCAGAAUCGGUUCCUCUUUAAAACAGGAGAGGGGUUCUGACAUUCGGGUUGUUUUGCAGCAAUAUCAUUUCAGUACAGCGACUGAACUAAACAGCGGGGAGAAUAUCGUGAAGAGUCCCUUCCCCCCUCCCCAUUAGAAUCCAGCCUGACAAAGAGUUCUGGAGGAUCUGAAAGCUUUCACAAUCUGGCUAUUCGGGUUGAUCCCAAUACAAGGGAUUCGGGUUGAUCCCAAUACAAAAGCUUUUGCUUUUGAAUAUUCAGGGGACUCUUUUGUGACUUUAAAGACUACCAAGGUUUUAGUUCACAAAAGCUUUUGUGGACUGGGUCUGAUUAAAUAUCAGGCAUUCGAAGAAAGCUUAUGCUGGAAUAAAAUCUUGAUAGCCUUUAAAGUCCCACAAGACUCCAGUUUAUUUUUGCUGUAGCAGACUGAUGUGACUACUCCUCUGAAAUGAAGAUACAUACAGAUAACAACAUUCCCAUUUUCCAAAGUGUGCAAGUGACCUGCCUUUCCUUGCUGGACAAUUGUUCACCAGAACUGACACCGAGUGGCUGGGUUGGUAACUCUGCCGUGCUGCUGUUUUAAGACAGCUGGUCUUUUCACACCGAUUGAACAGGUUGGUUGUGUGCUGAAAAGGGAAGCAGGAGUGUCUGGCACCUCCACGUGGCUGGGCCUGUUUCUGCCUCUGCUAAAAUUUCAGCCCCUCUAAUCUAAUUUGAAGGAAGUCAGCGGGGAAACCCUCCUCGAUAAGGUAGGGGAAAUGAUGAGCUUUCUCUAUGAGUUUUACUUCUUUCUUUGCUGAAAUCCAUUAUUUGGCCUCAAUAUGCUCCCUGUUAUUUCAUGACUAAAUGGUCAGAAAAGACAGGUGUCUGUAAUUUUACACACAGAGUUUAUCUAAAUUUUGCAAAACCUAUUUGCCAGUUAUAUUUCAGCUUCCUACCAUGUGUAUUAAAGUGGCUCUCCAUGUUGCCAUGAUCUGCAGCAGUUGCUUGUGGCUUCUAGGGUACAACAAAUUACAGCCAGACCAUACUGCAUAGGUCUGAUGAUGAUCUCUAAAAUGGUGAAUCUAACCUUUAUGAUUUACAGAUAUUCCAUGUAUUUCUUAUCAUGCUGGUCCUUGAUGUGAGCAAGGCCUCAUCGCAUCCUUCAGAUGAUGAGCGAAAGCUUUUCCAAUACAUCGAUCACCAUCAAGAUACUUUUGUUCAGAGUCUGUCAGAAUGGGUGGCUGUGGAGAGUGAUUCCAUACAGCCACACUUAAGAGGAAAUAUAACUGAAAUGGUAAAGAUAGCAGCAGACUAUCUCCGGGCUUUAGGAGCUACUGUAGAGUUGAGGAACGUGAGUGCUCAAGAUGAGCCUUAUGGCCAGAACCUUUCAUUACCUCCUGUCAUUCUAGCGGAGCUUGGAAAUGAUACUGAAAAACCCACUGUGUGUUUUUAUGGACAUUUGGAUGUGAUGCCUGCCAAAAAGGAAGAUGGGUGGAAAACAGAUCCCUACACAUUGACUGAAAUGGAUGGAAAACUUUAUGGACGUGGAACAACUGAUAACAAGGGACCUGUCUUAGCCUGGAUAAAUGCAGUGGGGUCAUUCAUAGCACUAAAUAAGACUUUGCCAGUAAACGUCAAGUUUCUUCUUGAAGGCAUGGAAGAAGCUGGAUCCCUCGGGCUAGAAGACUUACUUAAAGAAAACGAGGGAUUUUUUUCUAAUGUUACAUACAUUGUGAUUUCGGAUAACAUUUGGCUCAGCAAUGAAAAACCAGCUCUAACAUAUGGAACUCGGGGGAAUGCUGCCUUCUUUGUGGAGGUAGAAUGCUGUAAAAAAGAUCUGCAUUCAGGAUCCUUUGGGGGCAUCAUCCAUGAAGCAAUGUCUGAUUUGGUAGCCCUUCUUGACAGUCUUGUGGAUUCGUCAGGUCAUAUCCUGAUCCCCGGAAUCUAUGAAGAUGUUGCUGAUGUUACAGAUGAGGAGAUGAAGCUGUAUGCACCGAUAGAUUUUAAUUUUAAUGAACAUAAAGCUAACAUUGGUGUGAAGGAAUUUCUUUAUAAAACCAAGGAUGAUAUACUCUUAAACAUGUGGCGUAACCCAUCUCUUUCUAUUCAUGGGAUAGAAGGAGCUUUUUCUGAACCUGGAAUCAAAACAGUCAUACCUUCAAAAGUAAUAGGAAAAUUUUCAAUCCGACAAGUUCCUAAUAUGAAACUUUCUACUGUGGAAAGCCAGGUGAAAGAGCAUUUAAAAAAUGUAUUCUCUAAAAGGAACAGCCCAAACAAACUGACUGUGUCUAUGCAAGUGGGCGCAAUGCCCUGGAUUGCUAAUAUUAAGGACCUUCAGUAUGAAGCAGCAAGAAGAGCAAUCAAAACAGUGUUUCAGCAAGAUCCUGAUAUGAUCCGGGAUGGAUCAACAAUUCCAGUUGCCAAGAUGUUUGAGGAUAUAACAAAGAAGAGUGUAAUGAUGUUUCCAAUAGGAGCUGCAGAUGAUGGAGAGCACUCCCAGAAUGAGAAAAUAAACAGGCUCAAUUACAUCAAUGGAACAAAAGUAUUUGCCUCCUUUUUACUGGAGAUCUCAAAGCUUCACAAUGCUUCAAACCUGAUGACUUCAUCUUGAUACAGCAGCGGUAAAACAAACUGGGCAUCUUUUGUGCUAUGUUGCUUUGUCAUUGCAGUCCUUGGGUCUAGGUAUGCCCCAGUAUGGUAUGUUUUGCUUUCCACUUUAAGUCUUGUAAAUUUAGUGUGCCAGGCUGGGCAAAAUUGUCAUGCAUCAACACUGAUGACUACUGUUUUCCCUGUCUAUUCUGCUAUUGUACCCCUUUAUGCAUUUAAUAUCCCAUAAAUUUGCAUCUGUAAUAUUAUUGGUCUCUAACCAUUGUAAGUCCUUUAAAAUGCGUGUGAGAAUAAUGAAUUUCUUCUUGGUAUCGCUACAUAAUAAAGCAAUGAUCUGCAGCUUC